AGACCCAGCAGUAGUCAGUAUUUCCUAUUAAGCGGCCGCGGCACGAGCAACUCGGCGCGCAAGGAUGGAGCGGGUUAAGGAGGCUGUGGGUGGUGUGCAGCAGAAGCUUGCGGACACUGCUGCCGGCUUGGCGGAGAGCGUGGCGCACAAGGUGCAGGCGGUGCGAGACAACAUCCCCAUCAUGCCCGAGGGCCAGACCAGCCAGCCGGGCAGUGAGGCGGACAUGUGGACCAAGCCCGUGGUCAUCCGGGAUGACUACGUGGGAGCCGGCAAGCUGAGUGGGCGUGUGGCGCUGAUCACGGGGGGAGACAGCGGCAUCGGCCGCAGCGUGGCAGUGCACUUCGCGCGGGAGGGCGCCGAUGUGUUCAUCCUGUACCUAAAUGAGCACGAGGACGCCGCCGCCACCCGUAAGAUGGUGGAGGCGGAAGGCCGGCGCUGCAGCACUAUGGCCGGCGACGUGCGCGACCCCAAGGCCUGUGCCGAGGCAGUGGAGCGCUGCGUGAGGGAGCUGGGACAUCUGGACAUUCUGGUGAACAAUGCGGCUGUGCAGCACUACCGCACCUCCAUCACCGAAAUGACGGACGCCGACAUCGAGUCCACCUUUGAGACCAACAUCCUGGGGUACAUGCACAUGGCGAAGGCCGCGCUGCCGCACCUGCCCAAGACCGGAGGCAGCGGCACCACCACAGGAGGCACCACCACCACCGGCAGCCCUGCCCCGGGCGUGAUCAUCAACACCACCAGUGUCACUGCCUUCAUGGGGGAGGGCCACCUGAUCGACUACUCCGCAACCAAGGGCGCCAUUGCAGGCUUCACACAGGCGCUGGCGCAGCAGCUGUCGGUUAGCGGCAUCCGUGUCAACGGCGUGGCUCCCGGCCCCAUCUGGACGCCCUUCAUUCCGGCCACCUUCCCGCGCACCGCCCUGCUCACGUGGCAGAGGCAGGUGCCCAUGCAGCGCGCAGGCCAGCCCUCGGAGGUGGGUCCCUGCUACGUGUUCCUGGCCAGCAGCGACGGCGCCACCAUGAGCGGCCAGGUGCUGCACCCCAACGGCGGAACUCCUGUGAGCGCCUGAUGGCCGCGCGCAAUGGCGAGGUCGGACCUGGCAUCGAGGGGGUGGGGGGUAAUGGAGGAGGUGGCCGCAGUCCAAGCACAACCGUCGCCUCCAGAUCCAGAUCCACACACGCGGCGGCUACUGUUGGGGCGCCGGACCGCUCUCAUGUGCAGUAGUGUAGCAUUACGUUAGGGCUAGAGUAGCUGCGCUGUGCUGACUGCUGAGUAGAUACAUCACCAAGUGCUAAGCCUGAGGGUAUACCCGGGAUGUAGCGUAAGGCGAUCCGCGGCAGGGGCCAUGGAGCGGGUAUGCCACUAUCAGUUGUCUUUGCCGAGUUGCUGCCUGCUCUCCUGCUGGCGUCGAUUAGCUGACAGGAGUUGUAGUUGAUCACCUGGUGCCAGAGGAAUUGAGGCGGUAGGCGCCAACUAGGAGAAGGUGGAACAGGAGGGAGGCAGAGGAGCAUCUGUUGAGGGAGGCUUGUAGUACGCUCGGCGGGGCAGCCACAUGUGCGCUGCAGCCUGCUGCGGGAGUGCUGGAUGGCGCUCUCUGGGCUGUGACUGGCGUAGUGAUCAUGUAUCCAUCAC